AUGCACUUCCCAUCACCUGUGAGCAGAGACAAGGUCAUAUCCAAAUUCCCAAAGUGUUAUACUCUACAGGCCUGUCUGCAGAUGGAGGACUGGAAUACUCAGGCAAAGGUUGUCUGUAAAGGCAGCGCCAACAGACAUCAGGGAUGGGACAGACCGAAAAUGUUCAAAGCAGUGGUUGUUGGUGAUCUGAAUGUGGGCAAGACCUGUCUAAUCAACCAGUUUCUCAAAGAUGUAUUUACCAGAGACUACAGGGCCACCAUUGGAGGUGACUUUGAGAUUGAGAGCUUUGAGCUCUCAGGAGCUCCAUUCUCCUUUCAGAUCUGGGACACAGGUCCGGAAAAUGUAAAAUGCAUCGCUUCAGCAUACUACAGAGGAGUUCAGGAGUAGAAUAUGGAAACCCUGGGGGGUUCACUGUUGCUGUUUGACAUGGCAGACAUUAAGACCCUGCAGCACACAUGGCAAUGGUUAGAGGAGGCCAUGAGGGAGAAUGAACCUGGCUCGUAUCAGGUUUUCCUGGUCGGAACCAAGAGUGACCUACUUUUCUGGUGGACCCGCUUUCUGCUACUGCCGGCCGGGGGGUCGAGACGUGUGGUGGACGGGAAGGAGCACUGGGACAUCUACAGGGAGGGAGCGGGCAGAGAGGGCACCAGGGAGUGGGCCCUGCUGGACGGCUUCAUCUACUUCCUGGAGGGACUCAACCGCAUCCACAGACGCCAUCACUCCGACAGGAUCAUCAGGAAAGGAGCAGCAAUGAAGGGUCUGCAGGUGACUGGUCCUCUCCCUAGCCAUCGAGCCUGUAGUGCCCCCUCUGGCUAA